AUGACGUACGACCUGUACGGUCAGUGGGAUCAUGGAAACAAGCAUUGCUCGCCUGGCUGCGUCUCGUACGAUGCAGGUCUCAGCAACUGUCCCCGGUCACACAUCAACCUGACUGAGACCAUCAAUUCGCUGUCCAUGAUCACCGAGGCAAGCGUCCCAUCCAACAUAAUUACUGUCGGCUUUAGCAGUUACGGCCGGCUCUCCCAGAUGAUGACGCCGGGCUGCUGGACCGAGCAGUGCACUUUCACCAGGGCCCGAGUCGGGCGCCAUAAACGAUCGCUAUGUCAACACGACCGGCUAUAUCUCCCUCACGAUACCGAGAAACUCAUGGAAGAAAGCCCAUCGGCACAGAAGCUUAUAGACCAGUCGUCGUACCCCAAGAUUGUCGUUUGGGACUCGAAUCAGUGGGUCGCUUACAUGGACAAGGACAACAAGACCGUGUGCAAGGCCCUCUAUCUGGCAUUGAACUUCCUCGGUUCUGCCGAUUGGGCCGUGGAUCUGCAGUCAGAGAAUGGGGGCGGCGGCCCUUAUUCGAGGGGUUCCCAUCUCUUCCGACUCACAAGUAGUCCCAUUGUGUUGACGAGCUCUGUCCAGCCGCCACUCUUCAUCGUUACCAUUAGCCCUCUGAUAAGUGGUACAACUUCCAUCAUUGGGGCCAGCACGACACAUGCCAAUUCGACAGGCAUCAUCAUCUGGGCUCGCCGCUAUGUCCGGGAUGUGGUACGAGCUGUGGUCUUUUCUGCAACUCCAAAUGCCCCAGUUGCCCCCCGAGAGACCUUUGGCAACAACGGCGACCCAGACGACCCGACUGACGACCCGACUGACGACCCGACUGACGACGACGGCUGGACUAUACUAUUUGAAGGGUCCCUGAACACCCCCUUCCCGAGCGCCUACGUCGACCACGGUGCCAUGGUGAGCAUCUUGAAGUAUGUCCAGUCGCGCCUCUCAUCUUUGAUGUCGCCGCCCACUUCGACCACCACCAGCUCGUCCACGACCAAAAACACCGACCGUCCAAAACCGACCGCGACAGCCCCGUGCACAUUCGACAACGCCAUCAUGUACUGUCACUUUGGAGUCUAUGAAAUCUCCGGCUGGGGCCGCGACCACGGUAAACGUUUACCAGACUAA